AUGAGACUCACUCAGAGGUUCUUAACUUUGCUUCUCAUGUCCACGGUUUUCUUCCUGUUUCUCUAUUCUGGACUACUCAAGGAGGCAGUCUCCAAAGCGGAGGACCUCCCCAAGCGCACUAGUGUGCGCCAAAGGGAACUCCAAACCUCGGUCCCAAAUGUAGCCCCGACCUCGCCGACCGCCAACGUGUCUUCGACGUUCAGGGCUUCCAUCCCGGAAAAUGGAGCAUAUUGGAACCGGCUUUUGCACUCGGCUCUCAAAAGCGCAGAGCGGGGCAAGGACCUGUGGAGCCGGGACCCGCCUUGGCCUCACUGCUGGGAGACCAGUCAGGAGGUGAUGGAGCUCAACGUGCACAAUUUGGGCUCCUACCCGCUCCUGCUGCAGAACUUCCUGCGAGGGAUGAAGUGCCGAUCGCCUCCGUUCCUUGUGGAUCAACCCGACAAGUGCAGAGGAAAGGACACCUUCCUGCUUUUCGCCAUCAAGUCUGCGCCAGCCAACUUCGAGCAGCGCCAGGCUGUUCGCGACACUUGGGGACGAGAGCACCUCUACGGUGCCGGACAGCACGUGAGGACUGUGUUCCUGCUUGGCACCGCCUCGUUGGACGACCCAGACCUCAGCGCACUCGUCAGGUUCGAAGCCGAACACUACGGCGACGUUGUGCAAGCAGACUUCCACGAGUCGCUCUUCAACCUGACCCUCAAGAUGAACGUCUUCCUCCACUGGACGCUGAAACACUGUCCCAGAGUCUCCUUCGUUUUCAGUGGGGACGAUGACGUCUUGGUCAACACUCAAGCUCUGCUGAGCUACCUCAGCUCUCUCGACUCCACCAAGGCUUCUCGCUUGUUCACCGGGCAAGUGAUAAAAACAGCAAGACCCCUCCGGGACCCUAAGAGUAAGUACUUCAUCCCUGAGAGCUUCUACGAAGGACACUAUCCAACCUACGUGGGUGGCGGAGGCUUCGUUAUCUCUGGGGCGUUGCUGCUACCGCUUUAUUCCACCUGCCGAGUCAUUCCUUUCUUCCCCAUCGACGACGUCUACGUAGCCAUGUGCUUCAGCGCGUUGGGCGUCUCGCCCGAGGCACACCCCGGCUUCAAGACAUUUGACAUCCCAGAGGUAGACCGCGAGAACUUGUGCGCCUACAAGAAAUUGACUCUAGUCCACCGUCGUUCCCCCAAGCAGGUGAAGAGGAUCUGGAGGGGCAUUCACAGUCCACUGCUUACUUGUUGA